CUCCUUGCUUUUUUAUUUUCCCUCUCUUUUUCUCUCUCUUUCUCGUCCAGUUUCUCUUUCACUCGCAUUCGCUGUCUCUCUCGCUUGCUUUCACUUGAGGAUUUUGGUCUUCCGUUUCGAACAUUCGCUCGAGAUCUCGUUGACAAGAUGAGAUGUAACCAUAACAUACAUAGCCUACGUUGAAGUGGGAUCUACAUGGCAGGGCUCAUCAUGCACAAUCCCACCUUGGACAGUGGGAUGCUUAUGUUCCAGCGUUGCCAUGGUAUUUUCAGACCUGGUUUUGGAGCCCGGACUUGCGUUUGACAACUGUCUGCUCUAGCCCUUCCCACCCAAAAAAGCAAAAGAUGGUGGAUAUCUGAUAUUACCUAUAAUAGCUGCCGAAAUGUUAUUCUUGCUGAUGAUGAAAAUGACGGCUGCAAUGAUUGGAGUUCUUUUGAUGCACAUGGCAGAAAUUCCUUUUUAUGGAUGUUGAAUGUUGAUGCAUUCCCCUUCAUUGUGGUUCUGUUUUGUAAUCACCAACGUGACUGACGUUUAGAAGAAAUGUUGGGAAGUUGGCAAAAGAAUUGUGGAUCUGGGAGCAUGGUGGAUGUACCGGGAGACAGCUUCAUGACUCCAAGUGGAGUUGUUCAGGUGGAAGGAGAUGGAUCCUAUUUUGCUGCCACAGAAGAGGAGCUGGAGGUUGAGCAUUUAUUAGCAGAGCCAAGAAAUGAUAAAAUUUUAGUGGAUGGCAUCUUAUGCUUCAACUCAGGGAGUCCAGUGGAGUGCUUAGCAAUUGAUGAUUUUCCAUGUGCUGCUGAUUUUGGUCAUAUGAAAACUGAUACUGGUAUGCUGGACAAAUAUGCUUCCGAGGAGCAGAGAGAUGAGUCAAAGUUUGAAUUUCUUGAUGGAAUGUUGCAUGGCAUUGAAGAGGGAGAUCUUCAUAUACCAAAUAGCCUCUCUACCCCGUGUGAUGAUUUCCUUUUGGAUACUGAAUAUGAUGACGAAAUUCCUGAUCUGGACUAUGGUUCAUGCAAAGGAGCUAAUGUUGUAAACUUGGGGCUGGAAAGUCAACCCUCAUGCUUGAGUGAGAAGAAGAGGGGUAGUCAGAUAUCAGAGUCUUCAACAGUGACAUUACCAGUCCAAGAAUCGACAUCUGAUCAAAAUGAAUCAUUACUUGACAGGAUGACAAUUCGUGAACUUCAGGAAGCUUUUAGGACUACAUUUGGACGGGAAACAUCUGUAAAGGACAAGCAGUGGCUUAAGCGCCGUAUCUCAUUUGGUUUAGAGAAUCUUGUUGAAUUUGAGAAUGUAUCAAGCCUACUGGAAAGUGGAACAUCUUCCAAUGAGAAUGAAGUUGACAUGAUUGUAACAUCUAGUAAUGAUUCGUGUGGAAAAAUGCCAAGUCUUUGCACGAGUAUGCUGGGAAACAUGGCUAAACCCCUACGCCAAGAUGUGGAAAGGAAAAAUCUGGCUACUGAGAAUGAUUUGAUGACUGUUACUCCUGAGGCUGGAAAAGUGGGAUUGGGUUUGGGUGAUAGAGGUCUGCUUGUAACCCCAAAGAGAUUACGCAAGCCUACUCGGAGGUACAUUGAAGAAUCAUCAGACCUUGAACCAAGGUAUUCUAAUGGAAGAUUAGAAGCUCCUACAGGUUCUAGGGAUAAGAUUUUGCGAGCUAAAUCCCAUAACCAGAAUAACCAGAAACGAUUUGGAACAAUGUCAUUGGUAUGUAGGCAGGAUUAUCUUGGGGGAACAGGUAUUCAAGUUCCAUUUGGUCUUCGGGUGCGGAAGGGACGACCAAAGAAGAAUACAUUUUUGGGAUGUGAAUCUGAGAAUGAGAUGCAGGACAGGCUGCCCUCAGUUCCUAACAGGAAUUCUUACAUUGAAACUUCUCCCUCUGAAUCACAAGAUGAUAUGUCAGAUGAUAAUGUCACUACAAAUAGAAGUGGAAAAGCUGGGGUUCGGAGAAAACAUCAUAGGCUAUGGACUCUUUCUGAGGUGAUGAAAUUGAUUGAUGGAGUUUCCCAGUAUGGAGUUGGAAGAUGGACAGAAAUAAAGAGGCUCUUGUUCUCUUCAUCUGCUUAUCGCACAUCUGUUGAUCUCAAGGACAAAUGGCGAAACCUUUUACGGGCUAGCUGUGCUCAGAUGCAGAGUAAGAGAGAGGUUGAGCAUGGGCGAAAGCAUGCUUAUCGUUCCAUACCCCCAUCUGUUCUGCGGCGUGUUAGUGAACUUGCUAUCAUCUAUCCAUACCCUAGGGAGCGUAAAACCAAGUCAUCAGUGGGAAGAUCGUACCCAGGAAAGGUUUUAUCUUGAAGUAGUCAGAACACCCUCGUGUUGGCCACAAUGAAAGGGUCAAAUCAAAUACGCCGGGGUUCCAUCUGGAAAGCUUCCACUCUGUUCUCUUUCAUGUACAGAUUUCUAAUUUCUAACAUGUGCUCACUUCUCUAAUUUGCCGACAAUAGUGGUUGCAGAAAUCAGAAUGAGGUGAAUGUUGUACAAAUAAAUGGCACCUAGUUUUUAAUCCAAAGCAGGGAAAAGCUGAAUUUGCUUCU